CGAUAAUAACGAUAACAGGAUAAAAUAGCGGAAUAACGAUAACAAACAGAGCAUUAAUCGGCCAAAAUCUACCAGGAGCUUGACCAUGCCUCCCAAAUUUGGAACCCGCACACGACGGCCCCUCCACCACCGGCCAGAAUUGGAAUUCCGGCCAACAGAGGACGGCCCACCACCCAAACCAGAGCUCGUCAUUAUAUCCUCAGAUGAGGAAGAUGACCACGACCGACAAGACCAGAGGGCAACAGCGCCAUCCCCCUCGUUCUCGACCUCCUCCUAUAUAAUGGAGAUAGAGGAGGAGAUUUUGAAAGAAAAGGCUCGCCUCGGACUGCAGGAUCGACUUACCCUGGCAGCAAAAAGGGUAGCGGCCCUGGUUCCCCCGGCGGAACAAACUGCAGCCGACCAAAAAAUAUUCCACCUGGCAGGCCUCAUCGAGAAAACGGGUGGAAACCAACCUUCAGGAAGCGGCCAGAGCUCAGACGAGUCGGGAAUAGUCCUCCUUACAAGAGGAGAAGGAUUAGAUAGCCCCACGGACGAAACCAGACCGACCAGCCGAGACCCGACCCCGGAGACCACGAGAGCGACGGUAGUCCCUGCUAUCCGGGGGGGAGACCAGCCCGAGGAUAGCCAGGAGGACCCGAAACCGAGCCAAACCGAGAGAUCGUCGCAACACCAUCCUCACCCGGGAUGGUUACCGGUCACAAACACGGACGAUAGGGCCACCCUAAUCCGCGGAAUCGAGGAAAGGAGGAUAAGGGGGGAAAAUGGCCGGAGGAGAAGAUACAACCUUCGGAGGCACCUGGAAUAUAAUGACCUGGUGAGCGUGAUGGACCGUUCGGACGCAUCCAGCGACGAACCAGGUCCCCCAACCCGCACAUCACCACCUCGAGGCAUCCGCCCCUGGAUAAAUUACGAAGCCCGCCCCAGAGAUACCGGAGCAGGCUUCGGAAAUCUAAGAGCCAUCCCUACAGACCCGACCAUAGACCCUCCUGGCCGCAGUUGCUUUAACUGCUGGAUGCCCGGACACAGCUACCGGACCUGCCCGCGUCCAACGGAAGCCAACCAAUAUUGCGGCAACUGUGGCCGGAGAGGGGUGGGGGUCGAAAACUGCCCAAGAUGCGCAGAGGAAUAUUGGCAUCGCCAGGACAGGACAACCGCGGGCCGACUGACGCACCACGUGGCACAUCCAGAGGCCCCACCUCCCUCCUACGACGAAGUGGUGCAACCAGCCACCAUUAAUCGACCGGGGCCAUCAACCGGCGCUAUCCCACGCCCCCCUGAAUAUAGACGCCAGAACCGUCACAACCCCAGCCACAGCCGACCGCACAUUGAAGCCGCACAAGACAUCGAGGACCGCCUGAGGGAACUGGAUAAACUUCGUCAAGCCGUGGAGGCUAUGGCCGCGGCAGAACGCCGAAAUUUAGAGAAGGUUAGAAGAAACCGCAGUUUGAAUCGGGGCAGAGAAUCCAGUAGCGAUUAA